AUCUCAAUCUGAGAGAUAUGAUUUGUGGCAGCAAUUAACGAGUAAAAGCCGAAGAAAGGUGUUGUACGCGCGUUGUUAACGGUAGUCGAACGGAAGAAGAAAAAGUGUCGCUGUUGUGUGUGUGUUUGUUAGAUAAAAAUAAUAACAACAACAAAAAUAAUUUCAAAAUAUUAAAAAAUAUAUAUAUUUAUGCGAUGGCAUAAAUGCAAAUCCCUCCAUAGUAAUUGUUAUUAAAUGAAAUUAUGAGAAAAUAGCAAAAAAAAAUAUGCGAAUGUGUCAUUUUCUAAACUAAAUCGAGAAGAAAAAUAAGAAUUUUCUUCGUUAACAAAUUGUUUUUUGUUGCAUUGUUGUUUGUAUUCAAUUAUAAAAUCAAUAACAACAAAUACGCAGCAGUUGCAAUUUUUGUGCUACAACGAAAAAAGGCAACCGAUCGAACAACAACAUAAGAACAAGAAACUUGUUUUCUUCUUUUCCAUUCCGCGCUCUCUAUCUCUUUCCCUCUCUGGAAGUUACCAUAAAGUAAAACCUGUCUCUCUCUCAUAGUCUCUUGUCAUCGACAACAACGGCAACUAGCAAUAACCCGUUCGUUGCUGCUCUGUUGUGUCAGUGAAAUAAAAGGAGUUCAACGAAACCGGAAAUACCCUUGAAUUGAAAACAAAAACAACAAAGCGUCGUCGUUCAUCAUUUAAAUGAACGAACGAAAGUUAUUCGUUUGCAAGGCUAGUUAGUUGUCGAAGAAAAAUCCUUUGUUCGAAAAAGAAAAAAUCAAAAAAUAAGAAAAAAUCAAAUUAAAAAUUAGAAUUGUUUUAACACAAAUUGUGAAAUUCGCUUGGGAGGAAAGAGAAGAGUUUUUUCUUUGCGUUUUUUAGCUGGCUAAAAAACAACCAUCAUCCAUCCGGUGGACCAACCAACUUUCUUUUUGACAUUCGUAUGUUUUAAACAAUUAUGUCAUGGGAUCUUGUACAAGGCGACACUUUUUACUGUCAACAUGCUUUCUUCAAAUGAUAACCAUAAUCGAACGCCAAGUAUUCGAUUUCCUCGGAUACAUGUGGGCGCCAAUAUUUGUUAAUUUCUUUCAUAUUCUAUUUAUAAUAUUUGGAUUUUAUGGAGCAUAUCAUUUUAGAAUAAAAUAUAUCAUCACAUAUUUAAUAUGGAAUUUUCUGUGGAUUGGCUGGAAUGCAUUUUUAAUCUGUUUCUAUUUAAAUGUCGGGACAUUGGAUAGAGAUAGCGAUUUACUGAAUUUGGGUACCGGUAGUGUAUCCUGGUUCGAGGUGAAUGGCUAUGGCUGUAAACCAACGUACAAUACAAAUAUUACCUCAGAGGACCCGUUUCGUCCCAUACGACCGGAACGAGUGGACGAUUGUCUGUUGACCUAUGACAUUGUUGAGGUUGUCCACUCGGGAGUGCAGUGUAUAUUAGCGUUCUUUGGUAUUUUGGGAGCGAUUUUGAUCAGCUACAUAUUCCUAGAUGAAGAUGACAGAUUCGAUUUCAUGAAUGGAGAUGCCAAAAGCCCCCAGCACACGGUCGUCCAUCCAAUGUACGUGAGCUAUACCAGUAUACCAACCUCAGCAAGUGCAACAAUGCUCUCAAACAAGCAUCAUCACCACCACCAACACUCGCUCCACCAUUCGCUCAGUAACAGUAACCAUCAUCUCAGUAACAGUUCUCAUGCAUUGGCAACAACAGCAACUACUACUCCUACUACUACCAUAAAUAAUACCAAUACAGCCACACCAAGCGCUGCAAAAAAACAAUUUCGAUCAUCAAUUUCUUCCAAUUCUCAGCAUCAUCAUCAUCAGCAACUCUCAUCCCUGCAUAGACAAUUUAGUAAUAGUAGCCAAACGAAUGCCGUCGCUGCGGCUGCUGCUGCUGCCGCUCAUGGCCCGAAUGCAACUAGCAACAACAAUCUUUUAUUACUUACUAACAAUUUUAGCAACAACAACAACAGCAACAGCAAGAACAAUAGCCAUAGUAACAGUAACCGCCAUAAUGCCACAGCAACAGCAACAACAAACAGCAACACAUUCUUAAUACACACACACAAAAGUAAUCGGAGCAAUCCGAACACCAGUCAAUACAAUCUGAACAAUAAGGGUCUAAUAAUGGGCGGAGGAGGGGGAGGACCAGGCUCCGGUCCAACCAUGGAUGGCCAUCUUGGCAGCUAUAAUGGUAGCCUGCUCAGUAACAGUAGUCAAUAUCAACAAUUUAACAAUGGACCGAUCAUGGGUUCAGGUCGACGCAGCCGUCAGCCCCUGGACCUGUCGCCCAUGUCCACUAGUUACAACACCCGUAGUUAUUCCACUAACAAUAGUAAUGCCAGUAACAGUAUGCUUUAUAGUCCUAAACAGGCUCGCAAAAUGAGUCCCCUAACCUCGAAUAGUAUUUUCCCGGCCAACACGGCCACGGCCAUUGAUUUGGUGCAGAAGCAAACGGGCGGGGGAGGGGUAAGUUAUUAUGAUGACAGUACCGCCAAGGCGGAUCAUCAAUUUUAUGUGAAUGGGGGUGGUGGGUCGAGACGUCAUAUGUUAAUUGGCGGAGCAUCGGUUUCCACGCCCACUCAGGAUACCACACCCUCGCUGUCGUAUGCCUCGUUACAGAAUUCCAAUCAAAAUUUGAACUCCAGUUUGAAACAUCAUGGCGGUGGGGGAGGAGGUCUUGGCUCUGGCAUGAACACCUCCUUGAGUAACAGUAAUUACAGUCUAACCAACAGCCUGAACAACAACCAUCCACCCUCGCCCGCCCCCUCUGCCUUGGGUGGGGGCUCGAACAGUGGCCGUUUUGCUCGCAUACAUUCCAAACCGAAACCGCCCAAGUCCUCUAGCUAUUCCAACUUUGGCAAUGCCACCAAUCUAAUGACACCCAAUGGCAACUCUUCUUCGUCGGCAGCUCAACCCCAGACGGCAGUUGCCCGCAACCAGGCCUAUACAGAACGUCCCUUGUCCUCGAGUAAUUUCGAUGAGACCUUUGAGGAUGAUAAUUUCUCCAUGCAAAAUCUCAAGCCGGACGAUGACAUAACCUAUGUGCCGUUUGGAAAACCCACUCCGGGUUCAUAUUUUGUUAACAAGGAAAACAACAACUUAACUUCCUAUCCGGCUGGUGACAAUUCGGGAUCCAGUCCCAAUAACAAUAAUCCACAAUUUUUGAAUGGCUCAUCGCCGCCCAUGGCCUUGGAGGGUGGUGGUAUUCUUCUCGAAAAGGGUGCCAUUUUACAUCCCCAUCCUGACAUGAAUCCGGCUCAGCGGGUUAUAUAUCAACAAAAUGGUUUGCCAUUCCAUCCGGCCUACUCUCCGGUACCAUAUAGGCAGAAUUCGGCCUGCUCUCAGCAGCAGCCGCAGCCGGGUCCACCCAGACCCACAAAUAUCCCCCUGCCUAUUGUGCCGGCCUCGUAUAAUCACCACUGUACAGAUAUGAUUUCGCCCUCCGAGGUGACACCACCUCCGCCGCCACAGCCAAGGCCCCACAUUUUCCAACCGCGCACAGGCACUGCCCCCUACCCAGAUCUCUCACCCGAUGUAACCGAACGUUAUGCCAUGCCCACACAAUAUAUACCCAGGUCACCGGUAGCUUCACGCAUUGCCCGCCGGCAAAGGCAGCAACAACAACAGAACCAUCAACAACAAAAUCAUCAUCAUCACAACAACUCCUCUUCGACGGAUCGAUCUCAUAAUAUAUCGGCGAAUUUUUGUGAUCAAAUUAGGGAUACACCACCGGGUUAUAGGAUACACAAGGGUGUGGCCAUCAAAGCAACGAAGGCUAAUGAACCGGGGGUUGCGGCCAGGCAAUCACCUGGCCCUGCCAUUGUCAGGGCCCGAAGUCAUGAUCGCCUGUCGGAUUCUCAUAAUAAUAAAAAUUUAGAAAAUAACACAAAUGAAAAAGUGAGUAAUGGUGGCAGUGGAGGGGCUGGAGGUUCAUUUAAGAAUCGUGACAACGCCCAGGUAGCUGCCCAACAGGGCUCAAACAUAUCCAAAGAAAUGGCACCACAUGUCAAUCGCCGUAGUGGCCGUCGUGGUGAAUUGCCCAAGGCCCGUCCCAGAUCCUAUUGUAAUUCAAUGUCAGGUGGUGAGGGUGUCAUAAGGGGUAAUAUUGCCUCCGAUCGGAAAAUGGGUUAUGCUGCCUAAGGCGUUGGAGAGAAGGGGUUGUAGGGAGAGAGAUAGAGAGGAAGUUUUUGAGAAGAAGAACGUGGGAAUGUUGAAAGAAUAGGGGUGUGAGAAUUUUAAAGUUGUAUCCGUAAAUGAAAGAGAGAAAAAGAGGAUAAAAUUGAGUUCUAAUAAGAGAGUAAGUUAAUUGGGGUGAGAGAGAGAGAGGGGUAGAAAGAGAUUAAAAAUAAUGUGCCAUAUUUUGAGAUAAAUUUGAUUUUUUUAUUAGAAAACCCUCCAAGGAAAGAACAAAGAUUGAUCGAUAAUUAAAAAAAUAAGAAAUACAAAGGGUUACCCUUCUCUCAUCUACUUUUUACCGUUUAAACAAUAUUAGAAGUUUGAGUUUGAGAUAUCAUUUUCUAACUUAUUAUUUUUAUUACCCCGUUGCUCAAAAUCGUUCGUUUAGCAGUGGUUGUAAUAGAGUACCCAGCGAACCAAACUGUACGAGUUCGGUUCAAUUUCUUUCUGAAAAUUGUAUGGAUUGUAUGGUUGAUAUUUUCUUGGACCAAGGACAUUAAUGGGAAAUUCAGAAGUAACAUUGCUUCGAAUGUAAUGUCGUGAGCAUUUCCAACAAUCACACAUGUAGAAGAGAAAAAAUCUCUACAACAAGAGAGAAAAUCUCCCAGAUAACUGGCAUAGAAUUCUGAUAUGAGUCGGCCAGAUGGGUCUGACAAAAUUUCAGACUUUGAGAAGACAUGUCGGACGUCCAACACUUAGUUCGCUGGGCAGAUGAAAAAAAGUAACAACAAUCAUGGACAAUUUCUUAAUCAAUUUUCAAAAAAUGCUCUGCAAUUCUAGCAAUACUUUAUAUUCUCCACAUGACUUAGGUAAACUUUUAAAAUUGAUAAUUUUCAUUUUGUUUUCAAAACGUUGACCAUGCCGGUUCCUAAUCCUCAGAUCUUGCACUGAAUAUUAGAUACAUCAGGAAUUUUAAAUCUCAAAUAGGCCGUUGUUUUUGAAUAACCUCCAAAACUAGAUAUCCCUCUGCACCCAUUUGUAUGCCAACGACUCAAAUUGACAGUGACUAUUUUAUUUGGCAUCAGGGUGAUAUUUCUAUAUUUUGAAGAGAAAAAAACGGACUGGAAGAACUUUUUUAAUUCCGCUCAAAUAAAAUUAAUUUCAUAUAUCAUGGCAUGGCAAAAUCUUUGGUUUCUAGGUUUAAAACUAUUAGAAAUUGCAAAUCUACGGUACUGAAGUUGAAACGAUUUUGGGUCUUGAGUUAUGCCUAACUCCAAACCAGCUUCUCUCAAAUACUUCGGCUAAAUAAUGUUUUACUAAUAAAGCUAUAUUGUAGUUUUCCAAUUUCAAAAUGCCCUUUUUCCGAAAUUGUUCAGUUUCUUUAGCUUGUAGCUGGCUUUUCCAAGACCUAGUCGAAGCUUAAAAUAUUUUUGUGCUUUAGAUUUGUUUUUAUUUUCUUUUUUGAUUUUUGUACUUAUAAAUAUAUUUUGUUAUACAUUUUGUUAUUUGUUUAUUCUUGUAUUUAUUUGUUAUUGAAAAUAUUCUUCAAUUAUCUACGUGCCAUAUAAAGAUACAAAAAAAUAGAGGAAACCCUAACAAUUCCUAGAAAAAUAUUAAGAAUACAACUCAAAAACCUACCAUGCGCGACAUCUAGAUUUCAUGAAUAAAAUCGUUUAUAUCAUUGGAAAGUCUUAAGUUGGGCGCCAUUCAUGGAUUUCUAAUUUAUCAUAAUACGAAAAAGCUUUUUUUGUAACUUUUUCAGAAUAUGAUAUAUUAAAGAUCCACGUAAUGUUUGUAUUUAAAAAUAAAGGAAACCCGAAAAAAAUGGAGGAAACUCUAAAAAUCCCUAGAACAUUGUGAAGACUCCUAUUCAAAAAGCAGUUAUGCGCGACAUCUAAAUUUCAGAGAAUAAAUUACCAUUUUUCAUUGGGAAGCCUUAAGUUGGGCGCCAUUCAUGAAUUUUAGUCUGAAAAAGAUUUUUUUGUAAGUUUUUCUGACCAUGAUAGAUUAAAGAUCUACGUUAUGUUUUCUUAUGAAUGGCUGUCCUUGGUGGGAUCCACAGACCUGAUCGUGACCCAAUUAAUAUACUGAAAAAAAAAAAAUAGAAUCUUGCAUAGGUCGCCAAUUGUGAAUUUAUACAAAUUAGUCGACAAUCCAUGCGAUUCCAUUAGAUUUUUUUAUGAAGAUUGAUGGAUCGUAUUAUUUGCAGCUAUUCAAGGCACCAAAGAACUGUAGCGCCACUUACAUUUCACAAAGGCAUUUUCAAGCAGUAUCUGAUGUUCGGUACCAAUUAUUAUUGUUGUGGAGUGCAAAUUUCCCAUGUUAGGGACUAAAACCCCAAAAUCAGAUGAAACAUAUUUAUGGAAGCUAUAAAUUUAUCUGAACCGAUUUUAACCAAAAUUUGGAGCACUUGAUUUUAGAAUAAAUUAAUGAGGAAUUGCCAAAACUCAGAUUAUUUGGGCUGAAUUAGCCACUUGGUGCACCAAAAACCUGAAAUCGGAUAAAGAUAUAUAUGGAAGCCAUAUGGAAAUCUGAACCGAUGUUGACAACAUUUAAAACAUUUAUUCUGAACUGUAUCUCAUAUCUGGUACCAAAGAUUAUUGUUGUGGAGUACAUAUUAUACAUGAGAGGAACCUAAAAUCCCAAAUCUAAUGAAACAUAUAUGUAUAUGGGAGCUAUAGCUAUAUCUGAACCGAUUUGAUGUACCUGCUUCUUCACAGAAUUCGUUGGGAUGUGGCAAAACUCAGGUCUUUUGGACAUAUAUUGUCCAUUUGGUGCACAAUUAACCGGUUGAGGAUAUAUACGGGAGCUAUAUCGAAAUCUGAACCGAUCUUGAUAAAAUUUUCAACAUUUAUUUCUGAGCUGUAUCUGGUAUCUGGUACAAAAGAUUAUUGUUGUGGAGAGCAUAUUACGCACAAAUCGGAUGAAACAUAUAUAUGGGAGUUAUACCUAUAUCCGAACCGAUUUUCAGCAAAUUUGAUGUACUUGUUUUGAGGAUGAAAAAAGUCGUAAUUGCCAAAAUUCAGUCCGGCUGAUAUUAGCCAUUUGUGUGCAAUAAAUCUGAUAUCGGAUAAAGAUAUAUAUAUAUAGCGGCUAUAUCCUAAUCUGGCUCUAUCUCGAUAAAAUUUUACAGAGGUAUUUUUGAGCUACAUAAGUUAUUUGGGACCAAAUUUCAUUCUUGUAGGGUGCAUGUUACGGAUGUGAUUAACUUAAAACCCCAAAUCGGAUGAAACAUAUGUAUGGGGGCUAAAGCUAUAUCUGAAGCGAUUUUCAAAAUUUGAAGUACUUGUUUCUGGGAUGAAUUAACUCGGUAUUGCCAAAAUUCAGGUCAUUUGGACUAAUAUUGGCCAUUUGGUGCAAUAUACCUUAUAUCGGAUAAAGAUAUACAUGGGAGCCAUAUCCUAAUCUGAUCCGAUCUCGAUAAAAUGUGACAGAGGUAUUUUUGAGGUCCAUAAGCUAUCUGUACAAAUAUCAUUCUUGUGGAGGGCAUAUUAUGCAUGUAAGGGAUUUAAAACCCCAAAAUCGGAUGAAACAUAUAUAUGUUAGCUAAAGCUAUAUCUGAACCGAUUUUCACCAAAUUUGAUGUACUUGCUUCUAGACUAAAUUCGGUCGAAUGUGCCAAAAUUCAGGUCUUUUGGACUGAUAUUUGCCAUUUGGUGCACAAUUAAUCCGAAGUCGGUUCGAGAUAUAUGUGGGAGUUAUAUCUACAUAAUUUCAAUAGGGUUAGUCCUUGGGACAGACAAGUAUUGAUUGGAAAAUUUCAUCUCAAUCGUAUAAAAAAUGCAGCCUGCAUUUUGUUCACAAAACUACAUGAACGGACAGACUGACAUACAUAAAUCGACUCAGAAAGUGAAGAUCCUCAAAAGUAACUAUGGAUCUAUCUCGCUUCCUUCUCCAUGUUACAAACAAAUGCACAAAGACCUAAUAGGGUAUGAUAUGUGGUGUAGGCUAUUAACGGGACCUCGUCGUUGUCAGUCUGUAGAUAGUUCGGUUACUUUUUAAGGGACUAAUAAGUAAAAAAGUUGUAAGUUCUGCCGGGCCGAACUUUGAAUGCCCUCCACCAUUUAAAACGAAUUUGGCAAUUUUCGAAAAAAAAAAAAUCAGUUAAAAAUUCCGUUAAAAUCUUAAAAAUACCGAAUGUAGCCGUUAUACUAUGGUCUAUACGACGACGUGGACCUGCAUAUGCAAGUUUUGUCAUAAGCCAUUACAAUAUUUAAAUACGAACUUGAAAAAAAUUGGUGAAUAAUGUAGCUAAAAUCAUCACAAUACCAAAUAUCAGAAAGUGCCGUUAUAUGGGGGCUAUAGGAAGAUGUGGACCUGCACAGACAAUUUUCUGUCUUAGGCUGUGGUAUCCAUUGCGAACUUCAAAUACCAAAUUUGAAACAUUUCCGGUGAUUAAUGUAGCUAAAAUCAUCAGAAUACCGAAUAUCGGGGCGUACCGUUAUUUGAAGACGUGGACCUGCACAGACAAUUUUCUGCCUUAGGCUGUAGUAUUCUUCAAAUACCAAAUACCAAAUUUGAAACAAUUUCGGUUAAUAAUGCCGCAUAAAUCACCGAAAUACCGAAAAUAGGGAGGUACAAUUGUAUGGGGGCUAUACGAAGGCGUGGACCUACAUGGUCCAUUUUCAAUACCAAAAGUCCUGCAGACAUAAUAUACAUUUGAGUAAAAUUUUAUUAACCUAUUUAAUUUAGUUCUGAGGCUAGAGUGAUUUCCACAGACGGGUAGACGGACGGACAUCGCUAAAUCGACAUAGAAUUUUAUGCUGAUCAGGAAUGUAUAUAUAUACUUUGUGGGGUCUAAAGUGUAUAUUUCGAGGUUUUACAAAUGCAAUGACAAACUUAGUAUACCCUUCAUACUAUGGUGGAGAGUAUAAACAAUGAUUUAUAACUAGUUCUGCAGUUCCUAGUUCUGCAGUUCCUUUAGUGAAUCGUUCAAUUGGGAAACGGAACAACCCCUAGUUCUAAUUGUUAGGGUUAUUGGGUAUUCGCUCCCCGAAUUUAUGGAUACAACUUUAUAUUUAUUUAAAGUUAUAAAAAAAUUAUAAACAAACAUUUGUUUUAGCCCUGCCCAAGGAUGGAGUUGUUGAUGAUGAUGACGAUGAUGAUAUAAAAAUAAAUAAAAAAAAUUAAAAUUUAAUAACUUUAAAUCCAAAAAAUAACAGCUUUUGUAAAUACAAUUAAAAAAAAGAACUAUAGAAAAGAAACCCAAAAACUCCCUUCAUCAGCCAUCAUAAUUGUUAUGUCAUUUGUUUAAAUAAUCGAAUCAUCAUUGAAGCACUUUCUCAAUGUAUGUUCUAUGCUAAAACCAACAACUUAUACAAAGCAACAACAAAUGUUAACUGAAAAUCUAUAUCUGUAUUACUCCAAACUCCAAAAAAAAAAAAAAAAACAUAUUUUAGCCUCAUAGACUGCGAUUGCUGACACAUAUUGAAAGGAAAAAAGAAAGAAAACUUUAAACUAAGGUUUCAAGAAAAUCCAAAAAAAGAAAAGAAAGCCAAACAACUCCUUGUAUCAACGAUCUCUAGACUAAGAUGGGGAGAUCCAACAGCCGUCCCUCAAAUACCCUCCCUAAAUACUAGUAGAAACUUGUGUAAAGAUGAUGUCUGUCCUUAGUGUGAUCUGUGAGAGUCCGUGUCUGUCAGUUGUGGAACGGAACGACGGUGUACUGAGCCCCCCUUCCCCAACCCCCUCAGUUUUAGUUUACCUGCCACAGUGCUAUUGGGUGUGAGUACGUGUGUGACUAGUACUACCCGGAUCUGAUCCAGGGGAUAAUUAUGUUUAUAUAGAAUUUACUUGAUGAUGGCAAUGACUUGUCUCUCUUCAAAACAUACCCCCCUCCCCCCACAGUUGUGAAACUCUCUUUCCAAGAAAGCUGAGCGGAAAAACACUCCCAUAUUCUUUUUUUUAUCAAAUGUAUGUUUAGGAAAAAAAACAUCCCAAUGACAUUCAAACUGUGUGUAUAAAGAAGCUUUGUUGUAUAUUUUUUAUUUUUAAGUUUCCCAUAAAUGUUAUUUAUUUUAUUUUUUGUGUUAAUUUUUUAUAUAUAUUCCUAUACUCUAUUUUUAUUUCACCAGAAAAAUCAAACUACCAAAACCAGUUCUCUAUGUUGUUUGUGUACACUAAAAGAAAUAAAACGAAAAUUUAAGAGUGUGUUGAUGUUUGUUUAGCCUUUAAAAAUGUUUGUAUAUAUAAAUUUUUUUAUAUAUUUGCCCUCUCUAUAUAUAUACACAAUAACAAGUAAUAUUAAUGGAAAAAAAAAACUAUGUGUUCGUUGUUUAGAAGUGAAACAAACAGAAUUUUUGUCCAGUUGUAAUUUAAACGAAAUAUGUUAAUGUAUAUAUUUUUUGUAAUUUUUUUUUAAUAAGCCUAUUUCUUUGAGUAUUAUCCUUAAAUGGAAAUAACUACAAAUGAAAAUGUGCAAAUUUGAAAUAUAUUUUUUUAAGAACAAAAAUUAAAAAAAAUAAAGCCUUGAAAGAAAAAUGGAAAGUAUUCCCCCAUGAAAUCAGCCAGGAGACUUGAUGACAGAAAUAACUUUGUGGAUAAGUAAUAAAUGGUCUUUAAAGCUGGAAUUGGAAUCUUUUAAAAUUUUAAGAAACUGUUAUAUAGAAAAAAUCUGAAAAAAUAUGUAUAAUUGAAAACUAGAAAAAAGGCCCCCCACAUUCCUGGGAGAAUACUUGACAGAAAUGACUUUGUGGGUUUGGAAAAAUAUAGCACUCCGGUUUUGAGUAAGACUCAACCAAAAAUUCCAAAGGAAACCUUGAUGAUCCUAAAAGAAUCGAAUUAAAAAAAAAAAACAGAAGAAGAAGAAAUAAAGUUUUAAAAUGUCAUGUGACUUCGAUCUGCAAUGAAAACUGUUAAAAUGGAAAAAUAACUUGUUCUACUAAAAAUCCAAUUAUUAAAAUCAGGCUGGAGAUAUAGGGACCGAAACAGCUUUGUGAAUUAUAAAAAAAUGGUCCUUCGAGCUGGAUUAAAUAUAAGUAAAAUGUAUUAAAAACAAACAGUGAACUUUCCCCUUCAAUAUUUAAGCAUAAUUGGAGAAUUGAAAUUUAAUUGAGAAUAGAAAAAAAAAAAAAAAAUACAGAAAGAAAAGAAUUUUGUGAAAUUGAAAAAAUGGUUCUUCGAGCCAAUUCAAAGUAUACCUAAAAAGCCUGAACUAUUAAAAAAAAAACCUAGUUCUUUUAAGAAAUUCAAAUAUUGAAGUUAGACAUGUGAUAGAAACCGCUUUUGUGGAUUGGAGAUAAAUGGUACUUCGAGCUAGAUUAUAUAUCAAUUAAUUUUAGAAGUAACAAGUAAAAAGCUGUAAGUUCGGCCGGGCCGAUGCUAGAAUACCCUACACCAUUUGAAGGAAUUAGGCAUAUUUCAAAAAAAUAAAAUCCGUUAAAAAUUCUGUUACAAUAUUAAAAAUAUCUAUUGCCAUUAUAUUGGGGUCUAUACGAAGGGGUCUUGUCAUAAGCCAUUACAAUAUUCAAAUACGAAACUUGAAAAAAUCUGUUAAAUAAAGUAGCUAAAGUCAUCAAAAUAUCGAAUAUAUGGAUAUACCGUUAUGUAGGUUCCAUACGAAGGCCUGGACCUGCAUAGACAAUUUCCCGUUAGAGGCUGUAGUAGCUAUUAGGAACUUUAAAUACGAAAUCUUAAACUAUUUCGGGGAAUAUUGUACCCAAAAUCGUCAAAAUAUCGAAUAUAAGGAGGUACUGAUAUAUGGGGAAGACUUGGACCAGCAUAGACAAUUUUCUAUCAUAGACUGUAGUUCCCAUUACGAACUCUAAAUACGAAAUUUGAAACAGCUCCAGUCAAUAAUGUGGCUAAAAUCAUCAAAGACGUGGACUUGCAUAGGCAGCUUUUGUCAUAAGCCAUUAUAAUAUUUAAAUACAAAUCUUGAAAAAAUCCGUUAAAUAAUGUAGCUAAAAUCAUUAAAAUACCGAAUAUCGGGUGGUACCGUCAUAUGGGAGCUAUGCAAAAACUUGGACCUAUACAUACAAUGUUUCACUACCAAUUUUUAGACAAAUCCGUGGGAAAAUGUGGUAAAAAUCAUCAAAAUACCGAAUGUCGGGAGAUACCCUUAUAUGUGGCUAUACAAAAACGUGGACCUAUAUAUAAUAUGUUCCGCCACAGGAGCUAGAAUCCAAUAUGAACUACAAAUACCAAUUUGUAGACAUACCCCCUGAUAUUCGGUAUUUUGGUGAUUGUUGCCUAGUUUUUCAAUGGAAUUGUCUGAAAUUCUACAAAAAUAGUUCUUUGUGAGUACUUUACCCCCUGGCAGAGAAUUGGUAUAUAGGUAUAGGAUAUCGUAUAGCCCACAUAUAAAGAUACUUCCCGAUACUCUGUAUUUUGAUGAUUUUAACCACAUUUUCUAAUGGAAUUGUCUCCUUCUGAGUAUUUUAAGCCCUGGUGAGAGUGGUCCAUAUCGUAUAUCCGCUAUACGACGGUAGCCCCCGAUAUUCGUUAAUUUGAGGAUUUUAGCGAAAUUGUUUACAGGUAUUGCUUAAAUUUCGUAUUUAAAGGUCGUAUUGGGUAAUACAGCCUAUGACAAAAAUUGUAUAUGUAUACCGAACCCCGUCUUCGUAUUGCCCCAUACAACGCUUUUCCUUUGAGCGGUAUUUUUGGAAAGUUUUUAAGUUCCUUCAAAAUGCCGGAGGGUAUAAAAAGUUCCGCCCGGCUGAACUUUGCUGCGUUUUUACUUGUUUUUUUUUUUAUUUCCUAUUGGUUCAAACAUAACUUCAAUUAAUUUUUAUGUUAUCGUACGUGCCUCCCGAUAUUCGGUAUUUUCAUGAUUUUAGCGACGUUAUUCAAUUGAACUAUUUCAAAUUUCGUAUUUAAAGUUCGUAAGGGGUACUACAGCCUAUGACAAACAAUUUCGUAUGUAGGUUCACGUUUUCGUAUAUCCCCUAUAUAACGGGUUUCAUUUAAGUGGUAAAUUUCUGUAAAUAUUUUUGUGUGAAAGUUUUCAAGUUCCUUUUAAAUGGUGGAUGGUAUUAAAAGUUCGGCCCGACCGAACUUAGCUGGUUUUUUAGUUGUUGGUAUUAGAAAUUGAAUAGAAUAUAUCCUUUAUUCAAGUUCUGAACAAUUGUUACCUACGAUACAAAAUUGUCUUGCUAUUUUUGCCAUGGGACGAUGAGGAUUCAUUUUCAUUUCUUUCUAAGCUUAAAGGACCAAUUUGUUAGUGUUUGGAAAAUUAACAAUCGAAAAUUUUUUCAAAAAAUCUAAUUUUAAUUCUUCGAGUGCUCCAUCAAAUCUCCAAUACUAUUUUUGUCAUCAAAACAGAAAAUCCUUAUGAAAAAGAACUCCUUAGCCCAGAGGGGAAAGCUUAUGAUCUAGAAGAUCUACAGAGAGCAUAAAUAUACAUACAUACACCAAGUGAUUUUACAUUUAUACAAAUUUAUUAGUUAGGUAGUUAUAAAGUAAACCAGUGGUUCUAAAACUUCCCCUCUAUUCUUUUUGUCGUCGUCUAAGUGAAGAAAAACAAAAGAUACCAACAAAUUUAAGCUGCUUACCUUGAAAUACAAAAAAACAAAAACCAAACCCUUCAAAGAAUUGAAAAUUGAAACCUUAAACUAAUACACACAAACUAUUUUCUAAUGCUUAAGAUAUCGGUGUUUCAAAACGUAAUACAAAAAAAAAAAAAAUAAUAAUAAUAAAAUUAAAAACAACAAAGUGGAAUUUAAUGCAAAAAAAUAAAAUAAAUUUUUAGUAAAUUAAGAAAAUAUAUUGAAAUCGAGUAAACAAAUUUGAAAAAAUUGCUAGAACAGUGCACAAAAUUUGAAUUGAAAAAAGUCCUUUAAAAAGACUUCCCUUAUUAGAAAGAUUUUUAUCUAUAUACUAUAGACCUUCUAUAAAACCUGUAGGGAUUUUUUCAUGGAUGGGACAUUUCCAGGAUGGAAGACUGGAAGAGUCUCCUACAGGGUGAGAUAAAAAAACUGCAACAAAGUCAAACGCCAUACUUUUUACAUUUUUUUAAAUUUUAUUUAAUGAAAGCAAAAAAUGUCGGAAAUAGCAUCAAAUUUUCGAAUAUGUUUAGAUUUGUUCGAAUUGGUCAGCUUUGGUACGAAUUAUGGCCUUCAAACGGCCGGUGAAACCACACACGCUGCACAAAUGUUGCUCUGCGGUACUUUGGCCCAUUCCCGGCAGAGCUUGCUUGCUUGAGGUAAUCGACACUUUGGUAUUUUUUAGUGCCAACCUUGCUUUCCAAAAUACUCCAGACACAAUAGUCCAACGGAUUGGUAUCCGGAGAUUUUGGUGGCCACUGUGCGCUGGAAAUGAAGCGAGAAACCUCAUUUUGUAACCAUUCUUGAGUGGCGCGUGCUGAGUCCUGUUGGAAUGUCCAAGGUCUGCGGCCAAAAUGAGUGCCCAAGGCUUUAAUACACCCUCCAGAAUAUUUUUUCGAUAAUAUUCGGUAUUUAUUCUGAUGCCACGGUCAAUUAAUACAAGCAGAGAGCGACCAUCCGCUGUUAUGGCGGCCCAAACCAUCACCAUGGCUGGCGCUUGAGUUCUGGAUUUUGGUGGCCAUUGUGAAAUGAGCGAGGAACAUUACUUUGUAACCAUUCUUGGGUGGCGCAUGCUAAGUCCUGUUGGAAUAUCCAAGGUCUGCGGCCAAAAUGCGUGCCCAAGGCUUUAAUACACCCUCCAGAAUAUUUUUGCCAUAUUUAUUCUGAUGCCACAGUCAAUUAAUACAAGCAGAGAGCGACCAUCCGCUGUUAUGGCGGCCAUCACAAUGGCCGGCGCUUGAGUUCUGGUGGCCAACCGAAGCACAUUUUCCGUUUACAUUUUCCGCUGACCUCUUUGGCAAGUAAACACGAUAAUUUUGUUUGUUUACAAACGACUGGACAACGUAUGUUUUCUCAUCGAAGAAACCCGAACUCGGCAGUUCUCCGCUUUCGGCCAAGCGAAACAACUCUUUAGCUCUUUUGAGUCUAUUUUCUUUCUGUCGCGGUGUAAGUUCUUGCACUUUUUUGGAAUUUCAAUGGCUUUACACCGAGGUCUUUUUUCAAUAUUUGCCGAAUGGAAAAUUGCGAUACGUUCAGCUCACGAGCCAUUUUUCGGCCACUGCGAAGCGGGUUCGGAUCAAGUCGCUUCUUUAUUUUUCGAACAAUUUCUGCUGAUGUUGCUGUUUUCUUCCAUCCACUUCCUUGACGUCGGGCUACGCUACGGUGAAGAGCGAUGUUACGAGACACAAAAUAUUUAUUCACAUUUAAAUGCUGGAGUGCUCUAACGAUAGCCACUUGUGGUUUUCCAGCCAAACAUAAAGAAAUCACACUAUCCCGCUUGAAUUUCAUAACGAAUAAAUUUUUUCUAGAAAAUUCUCACCAAAAUGCUUUUGAACGCUUGUAAACAAUAUAAUGAGCUGUCACUGGAAUAAUUUUAACAGUUUUUUCGUCGUUGGUUGGUUGCCGUUUUUUCGUCUCACCCUGUAUAGAUUUUCUAUAAAGACCUGCAUGGAUUUUUUCAUAAAUUGGACAUUUCCCGAGCGUUCUUUGUAUAGAAGGCUUGAAGAGUCUCCUAUAGAUAGAAUAUUUUUAGGAAGUGAAUUUAGCAAAGAUGGGAUCGUUCGAAAUUUUUUGAUCGAUAAAAAAUUUUGUGCAUUUUCAAAACAUUGCAAAAAUUAAAUAAAAAUUCAAUUUCGAUAACGAAAUCAAUUUAGUCAUGAAAAUUUACAACAAUUUUUCUUUUUUACAAGGAAAUCGAAAAACAAAACACACAAAAUAAAAUUUAUAAAAAAAAACUAAAAAUACAAAUUUAUUUUAUUAUUUUCAACUGUGAUAUUAAAUGAAAUGAUAAAAAUCAAAAUAUGUUUAAAAACAAAACAAAAACUAUAUAAAAACAACAAUAAAAAAAAAUCAAUAACAAUAAUAUAAAAAAUAUACCAAAAUUUAAAAACAAAAAGCAAAAAUUCCCCUCUCUAAUUUAAGUGUAGGAAUUGAAUUCUUUGAAAGCAAAAAAAUAAAAAUCAUAGAAAAACGAUGCCGAAAGGAAACAACACAGCAUAUUAGGGUAGAACGUAAAGCUUUUUUGACACAAAACAAAAACAAAAAAAUGGAAAUGCCUUCAAGUUUGUAAAACAUAUGUUCUAUAAUUGAAAUUAAUUAUAUACAAAAAAAAAAGAAAA